AUGGAGUCCCCUAAGCUCUCACCUGCGACGACGCAAACUCGGACCCAGACCCAUCGACGCCGCCUUAAUCGUGAGGAGCGAAAAGAUAUCCUAGUCCUGCGGCGGCUAGGUUAUACGUAUCAAGCUAUAGCUGAACAUCUUCACGUCUCCCAUCGCGCUGUCCAAUACACCUGUGAAUCAAAUACGUGCGAUCCCAAAAAAAGGCCAGGUCGGAACAGCAAGUUGUCCACCAAGCAAGUCGAUGACAUUGAAGCCUUUUUGGCCGCCUCUAAGGAGAAUCGGAAAAUGUCCUACAAGAAGAUAAUCGAAGUUCUUGGCCUUGACGUGAAGCAGGACUGUCUACGUCGAGCUCUGCAGAAACGUGGUUAUACUCGCCAGGCUACCUCAAUGCCUAAUUGUCGGUCCAGCAAACGUAGCGAUCUUGCUUGGGAGAUAUGUAAAACCCCCGACAUUAGGAGCAAAGACCAGAACGAACAUGAGUCCUCCGCCGGGUUAUUGCUCCCAGACCAUCCCUCUCCCGGCGGGCUCCUACAUCAUCACCAUCGCCAACCUGCUACAGACCAACCUCAAGCCCCUUUUACCCGAUAUCCUCAUAUUCCCACUUCCUACCAAGGCUACCAUUCCAUUGCCUCUCCUCAAUCACAGCCAGUCCAGCUUCCGCACCUCCCAGGCCCAUACCACCAGGCCGCACCGCCAGAAUUCCAACACCUUCCACAACAAUACACCUCUAUGGCAGCCCAUCAUCACCCGCAGCAGCCGCAGCUGCUGAAACAGCAAUACUCACCACAGUGCCGAUCUAUACCACUUGAACCUCGUUCAAUCCCUCCCCAGAACAAUCCAGUGCAUUUACACCCUCACUCUUUGUCAACGGCGAUUCCUCCAUACCACUCACUUCACGAGUACCAUUCUAUUUCUUCCAAUAAAUCACGCCCUCCUCUCCCCGGAAUACCGUCGACCCCUAUCCGACUCGUAGAAGUAUCCAGCAUGACGGACCGAUCGCAUAAAUCUAGCGGAUAUUCAACACCACUUACGAUACCAGAUGACCGCAGCGACUACUACAGAUAUGAGACGAGCGUUCCGCCUGAGAUGGCAGGCGUCGAUUCGGAACCGAGGUUGCGAUGGCAGUGA